GUCCUGCAAGGGUUAAAUGCCAGACUGCUGUCAGACAACAGCGAAAUGGCAGCAAAGAACAGAGAGCUGGAGGAGAAGAUGCGACAGAUGCAGAAGGAGAACAUCAACCCUCUGCAAGAACGCAUCAGAAAGAUGGAGGACAAGAUCACAAACGCUCCAGGCAGACAAGACGCAGCUGAGAAACUGGUAUGAGGAGAACCUCCUCCAGAUCAGGAGCGUAGGAUCCCGGAUGCAUCAGCAAACGGUCUACAGCCUCUACUUCCUGGCACAACAGAUGUACGUCAGGCAGCAGGAAGUUCUUGGAGGCAUCAACAAGAGUCUCUCAGAGACGCUCUUCCGUGUCAAGAAUCAGCUGCUGCAGGCCAACAAUGAGAUCCAGCAGAAAGAACGAAGCUGGACGGCCGAGCGUCAAACGGUGGAGCAGCUCAGGAAGGUCGUCGCUGACAAAGAAAAAGAAACGCAAAAGAUUCUGAAGCGACUGAAAGAGACUGAAAGCAACCUGCAGGAGGAAAUCCGAUUGCUGCAAGCUAACAAUAAGGAGCUGCAGGAGCAACAAAAAAAGACGGACGCCGUCAACAACGACCUGCAGGAGGAAGUCCGACUGCUGCAAGCUAACAAUAAGGAGCUGCAGGAGCAACAAAAAAAGACGGACGCCGUCAACAACGACCUGCAGGAAGAAGUCCGACUGCUGCAAGCUAACAAUAAGGAGCUGCAGGAGCAACAAAAAAAGACAGAUGCCGUCAACAACAACCUGCAGGAGGAAGUCCGACUGCUUCAAGCUAACAAUAAGGAGCUGCAGGAGCAACAAAAAAAAGACGGACGCCAUCAACAACGACCUGCAGGAGGAAGUCCGACUGCUGCAAGCUAAAAAUAAGGAGCUGCAGGAGCUACAAAAAAGGAGGGACGCCCUCAACAAAAACCUGCAGGAGGAAGUCCAACUGCUGCAAGCUAACAAUAAUGAGCUGCAGGAGCAACAAAAACAGACGGAUGCCGUCAACAACGACCUGCAGCAGAUGGUCAAACUGGUGCAAGCUAACAAUAAGGCGCUGGUGUCGUAUUGUCUCAAAAGGACAAAGAAAGGGAGUGUCUUUGAGCGCUUCAGAAAUAAUGAAAUUACGAAUGAAGAGUUGAUGGAGGAGGUAGAAGAACCAGCAGUGAAGAGGAAGAAGAAGAAAAAGAGCUUUUGGAGCUGGUUCAGGAGGAGCAAUAGGAACGUGGAGGAGGCUAAUGAUAGCUCAGUGUAGCUCCUUCUGCCUCCCCCAUCUUAUUAUAUAUAGUAUUUAUAAUUUAAAUAACAAUAAUCCUUCCUAACAAGGGUCAUUUACUAUUAGUUACACUAUAGUCCAGUUAUGAUUUAAAUCUGAAAAAAAUCCCUAAAAAACCCAUAUUGGUCGAUCCCUAUACCCUCUCUAUUUGCCCCCUUUCCCCCCUCUAUCAAAAAACCCCCCACAUCAAAUAAAAAAAACAUCAAUCAUGUUUCUGCACAUGUGGAUGAUACUUUUAAUUUUAGGAUUUUCAUGUUUUUGAAGAAAAAUGAGCUGAAUUUAAAUUGCUUUCAGGUGCUGCCGCUUGUAAAUAUUACAAGAAUUGUAAUUUAUAUUUUGUGUUUAAAUCGUCAAGUUUUAAAUAUUUUUAAGGGGAAAUUUUGACAGUUUGUUGCUUUUAUGAGGCUUCACAGAUAAUAACUUUUCAUAAUGCUGAAUUUGUUUUAUGCUGUGGUUAGUCCAGGUGUUUAUUCUGUUAAAUAUGAUGCAUAUUCUGUGUUUAUAUUAUUUUGUAUACAUACAGGUAUACUUUCUACUUGAAUAAUAUACAGGUAUAUUUUCUACUUGAAUAAAAUCUGUGUGAUAUAGAUACUAAUUUAAUGCUUAUGUCAAUAUUUCCAUUUAUGAAAGAAUCUAUGCAAUGCCACUGGCAUGUGCAA